UCUGUUGUUGUGCAGAGAGCUGCAGAAGGGCCUGCCGAGCCAACGACUGCGCUGAGACUCAGACAGAAAGAGACCAAGAGAAGGAGGAGGAAGAGGUAGCAGCAGGUAGACAGUGUGGACAGUGUGAAGGAGCUCGGCUCUUCAUUUCAGGGCUUAGUGGAGGACGACGGUGUCAACAGAAGGAAGGAAACUAUCCCCUAAGCCUGAAAAAAGUGAAAGGAAAGGCAGAGGAUAGGAAGGAAGUAAGCAAAGAAGGAGAAAAGGAGGGAGGGAGAGGGGUGAGGAGGGGCUCCUCACGGCAUCGGAGUCUGCUCAAACGCAGCAAGAUUUCAUCUCCUCUCUAUUCUGUUAUCCAUCGUUUGCCCUCCAUCCUUUCUUUUUCCACGGUGAAAGAGAGGAGCGGAGGAAGACAAGGCAGCCCUCCUUCCUUGUCUCAGUGGAGCAGCACAGAAAGGAGAUGAGAAGAGGGAAACACUGAGCAAGGAGAGGCAGAUACACAGAGAGUGUUUUAUUCAUUCCUCGUUGCCUCUGUCGUUCCUUUUUGGAGCGAGCGGCUUGAAGCCUCUGCUCAUGUCCGUCAACUCAGAAAAAUCCUCGUCCCCGGAAAGGCCUGAAACGCAGCAGAAAGUCCCAUCCGCUCCCCCUCCUCCUCCUCCUCCUCCUCCACCACCCCAACCUGAACCAGUUGCACCCCCAGAGCCAGAGGAAGAAAUUUUGGGCUCUGAUGAUGAGGAACAGGAGGACCCGGCAGACUACUGCAAAGGAGGGUACCAUCCAGUGAAGAUAGGUGAUCUGUUCAAUGGAAGGUACCAUGUGAUCCGAAAGUUGGGCUGGGGUCACUUCUCUACCGUCUGGCUAUGUUGGGAUAUUCAAGGGAAGCGCUUUGUGGCGAUGAAGGUAGUGAAGAGUGCUCAGCACUACACAGAGACGGCACUAGAUGAGAUCAAACUACUCCGAUGUGUACGUGAGAGUGACCCCACUGACCCCAACAAAGACAUGGUUGUUCAGCUCAUCGAUGACUUCAAGAUCUCGGGGAUAAAUGGAAUUCAUGUAUGUAUGGUGUUUGAAGUCCUCGGCCACCAUCUACUGAAAUGGAUCAUCAAGUCCAACUACCAGGGCCUGCCUUUACCGUGCGUCAAGAGCAUCAUUAGACAGGUCUUGCAGGGGCUGGAUUACCUCCAUACUAAGUGCAAGAUCAUUCACACAGACAUCAAGCCAGAGAACAUCCUGAUGUGUGUGGAUGACGCCUUCGUCAGGCGCAUGGCGGUCGAAGCCACUGAGUGGCAGAAAGCAGGAGCUCCUCCUCCCUCUGGAUCUGCAGUGAGCACAGCACCCCAACUCAAACAGGUGGGGAAGAUCUCCAAGAACAAGAAGAAGAAGCUGAAGAAGAAGCAAAAGCGGCAGGCGGAGCUGCUGGAGAGACGCAUGCUAGAGAUAGAGGCAUUAGAGAGGGAGGCCGAGAGACAGAAAGCCAACGAAGGGCUAAACCCACCACCAGGACCUGCACUAGCACUCGGUGAGAGUGAAGAUGAGGACGAUGAAGAGGAGGACAUAGAGGAAGAGGAAGAAGGAGAGGGAGAGAGGGAGCGGCCUGUUCGAUUAACCAACCACACAUGUGCAGCUCCUCCAGAGCCACAACAGCAGGAGAAUGAGGAGGACUGUGAAAUACCUCCCAACACAGACAUUCCUGAUGACGAAGAUCCCUCAGCAGUGAAAGAGACCAACACACCACCACAUGAACAGAGCAACAACCCUACAAAUGAAGAGGAGGAACAAGAAGAAACUGAAGAAGAUGCAGAAGAACAGGAGACAGCAGCAGAGCAGCAGGAAGCUGAAGCAGGGGAGGAAGAUGCGAAGGAAGCAGUAGACAAGCUUGAAGCUGAGUCUUCUGAGGAGAAGCCAGAACCAAAGACAGAAGAGUGUGCAAAGGAGGAGCAGCCUGAGCUACCAAAAGAAGAAGAAGAAGAAAGAAGAGAAGAGGACGGUGAUGAGGAAGAUGAAGAUGAAGCUGAUGACGAAGAGGACGACGAUGAUGAUGAUGAUGAUGAUGAUGAAGCAGAGGAUGAAGCCCAGGAGCUUAGGAACACCACAGAGAGCCACAACGACACCUUAAAAACCAACGGUCAUGCAGUAGUGGAUGCAAAUCAUCCAUCAGACGCUGUACCCGUGGUGCCCUCACCCUCACCUCUGCUGUGUCCACUGGUGGAGUCAGAGGUCAGCACCACUGAUCGGGAGGCCUCUGAUGCCUCUUAUGAGCUGUUCAAUGGAGACACAGCAGCACUCAGUAAUGGCGCUCGACACAGAGCCACGGCACCACGCUUCCCUGAGCUCCCUCUGGACCCCGAGCCGGACGAGUGUGAGCCUGAGGAAGAAGAGACAAACCUGAACCCCGAUGCCGAGCGCAGCCGCACUGUCUCAUCCUCCAGCACCGGAGACACUCCUAAAGCUAAAGCACGAGCAGCUGACCUGCUGGUGAAUCCUCUCGACCCUCGCAACGCUGACAUACUCCGAGUGAAAAUAGCAGACCUGGGCAAUGCAUGCUGGGUGCACAAGCAUUUCACAGAAGACAUUCAGACGCGACAGUACCGCUCUAUUGAGGUUCUAAUCGGUGCUGGUUACAGCACUCCUGCAGACAUCUGGAGCACUGCCUGUAUGGCGUUUGAGCUGGCGACAGGAGACUAUCUGUUCGAGCCACAUUCAGGAGAGGACUACUCACGCGAUGAAGACCACAUCGCUCUGAUUAUGGAGCUGCUGGGGAAAGUCCCACGUAAAGUCAUCGCUGCAGGGAAAUACAGCCGUGAAUUCUUCUCAAAGAAAGGUGAGUUGCGGCACAUCACUAAACUAAAGCCGUGGUCUCUGUUUGACGUCUUGGUGGAGAAGUACGGCUGGUCAGCUGAGGACGCCGGCCACUUCACAAACUUCCUGUUGCCCAUGCUGGAGAUGGUUCCAGAAAAACGCGCCUCUGCAAGAGACUGCCUCAAUCAUCCAUGGCUGAACUCGUAGCACCUUCCCACCUCUAGCUCUUUCCCCCUAGUGGCAGGCUUUAGGACUGCACCCUGCUCUCAGUCUUGGGGGAGAAAGAGGUCAGAGAGACAGUGAAGUGAGAGAGAGAGAGAAGGAAGGUGUGUGAAUUCAUGUAAGACUGGAGCAUGUUGGAGUGAGCUAUUACAGGUGGAAAUCUGAAUUCUGUAUACACACUGUUGCUCCUACACACACCACACACACACGGCUGCUCAUUAACUCAAAUUCCAUUUUCACAUGGAUGAACAGCAUGAUAUUUUGUAUCAUGUAAAAAUGACAUGAAGAAAUAUGCAAUGGAAUAACAAUGGAGUGUAACUAUUUACUAUCAAAAUUAGCAUUAAGAGAGACAGCAUUGCUGCCUCACAGCUCCAGGGUCCCCGGUUCAAUCCUGAGCUCGGGUUACUGUUUGUGCGAAGUUCCAUGUCCUCCCUGUGUCCGUAUGGGUUUCCUCUGGGCUCUCCAGUUUUGUCCAGGUCAGACGGCAGGCUGCAACCAGUUUUCAACUACUUGCGUCUACCUGCGAUAACAAAAUCGCAGGUAGACGCAAGACUGGUCUUGCGUCAACGAGCGACAACACAGAUAAUGGCAGUGUUGCAGAGGGUCUUUAGGAGAGGCAGGUUGACACAAGUGGAUCACGAUCUGUUCGCAUUUCAGCUGCGAUUCGCUUCUAAUCGGUGCAAAUAGAUGACUUGCAACCACGUGAUCAAAAUGUGCUACGUCAUGAGCGUCCACCAUUAUGUUGGUGGAUAUACAAAGCAACUAGGAUGGCAGCCGCUGAAAGUGUGUCUGUAAACAAUGCUGAAUUUUCUCAGUAUUACCACGAUUUGAACGAUCGAGUGAAGAUUCGAUACAAACAGAAGAUAGAUAUGUGGGGUUUUGAAACAGAUUAUUUAAAAAAGUCAGACUUUUCUGAAGAUAAGACGCUUCUACCGACCGUCAAGUACGAAUACAGGUCAUUUCGUCCAAAGCCUUUUUCAUACGCAUCAUCAAUUAUUUUAUAUUUCAGGUAUUUGUUUGUUCGAAAUAAAGGAGGAAUUCCAUCCAUCCAUCCAUUAUCUGUAGCCGCUUUAUCCUGUUGUACAGGGUCGCAGGCAAGCUGGAGCCUAUCCCAGCUGACUAUGGGCGAGAGGCGGGGUACACCCUGGACAAGUCGCCAGGUUAUAAAGGAGGAAUUCUCAAUCAAAUUUGACCGACACAAAACACAUUUUUGUAAAGCAAAUGAGUGCCAUGGUACGUGCGCUUUGACACUAAAGAGUGUACUAAGGGGGGUAACCAUGUCAACUCGUGCCACUUGCUGACCCUGGGAUGAGUUAACUCCCUUGUCAUUGCAGGCUGCUCGCUUGCAUGUCUUUGUUUCCGGCUGGAUUAUAUUAAAUCUCUAGGUGCUGAGCAGCGCUCUCGCAGGGGUUUCGUUCACGAAUACCGGGCCGAGGUGCGGUCCUACUGACCCGAGACCAUGCGCUUUUGAAGAGGGAGGCUUAGAGGGAGGUGCCUGUAAAAUUUGGCUUUGCUGUGAGGUCUGUUGGCCAAGUUGUUAAUUUUUAAAGCCGGCUGGAUCAUAUUAAAUCUUUAGGCGCAGAGCAGCGCUCUUGCGGGGCUUUUAUUCGCAAACACAGGAAUACCUGAAAUAUAAAAUAAUUGAUAGUGCGUAUGAAAAAGGCUUUGGAUGAAAUGUCUUAAAGGAACA